AUGCCACAAACGCUCUACGACCGCCCAUAUUCCGAGGCCACCCACGUUCUUGCCCUGUUCAUCCCCUGCUUCGCAGGGGUCCUGUCCCAGAGUCUUUUAGGAAUCGAAUCACCCGUCACACGCAUCUUCUUCGCCAUCUUCUUCAUCCUGCAACUUGUCCUGGUCCUGAUCAACCCGGACAUCUGCAUCUGGUUCACCCGGACGAACCCGGACGGGACCAAUGUCAGGCUGAAAAGACCUCUGGUCGGGUUCAAGCGAUACGAGACGCAGGUCGGCUUCACGGGAGGGUACGAAGUCCGUCUGAGGAAGUCUGAGAAGGGUCUAGCUCAUAACUGGCAAAAUAUCAACAGUUCGUAUACUCCGUAUGAAACCUCAUUAGUGAACUCACUAGUUAUUGAUAAGGGUUAG